AUGGAGGAUAAUCAGCUAAGACAAUUAAAAGACAUAUUCAACCGGUUCGACAUGGACGCAGACGGAAGCUUAACCAUCUUAGAACUCGCGGCCCUUCUCCGUUCACUCGGUCUCAAACCAUCCGGCGACCAAAUCCACGUCCUGUUAGCAACUAUGGACGCAAAUGGCAACGGUUUCGUGGAGUUUGAUGAGCUCGUAGGCAUUCUUCCCGACCUGAACGAAGAGAUCCUCAUCAAUUCCAAACAGCUACACGACAUUUUCAAAUCUUUCGACAGAGAUGGUAAUGGAUUCAUCACCGCGGCGGAAUUGGCUGGAGCCAUGGCCAAGAUGGGACAGCCAUUGACGUAUAGAGAAUUAACGGAGAUGAUCAAAGAUGCUGAUACAAACGGUGAUGGUGUUAUUAGCCUUGGUGAAUUUGCUUCCAUUAUGGCUAAAUCUGCUGUUGAUUAUUUUGGUUUAAAAACUAAUUCAUGA